UCGAAUUCAACAGGCUCGAUCUUCAAAUCUUCCGUAGAAAUCAAUUUUCUAGCUCUGAGCUUUAGAAGCUCGUGUCCUCUGCGUUGUUGUUGUUGUUUUCAGUUUGUGGGAUCUUGGAUUUGAAGAGCAGAUCAUGCUGAGAGCUAUCCAGUUUCUUGGUUACUCUUCUGGAGUCGUUUCGUCUACGCUGCAUAGAUGGAAGCCGCAUGGGCGCGGUGGGAAACUGUCGCUCAUGUCCAUCUCUACUAAAUCGGCGUCGACGUUAACGUCGGGAAGAGUAGCGGUUUCUUUGCUCUUGUCCGAUGGUUCUACGGUCCGAGGCGGUUGUUUCGGAGCAUUUCGAACCUCUGCAACUCGUUCUGAAUCGAACUCGGACUGUAGUUCAUCUCCUUCUCCAGCAACUGCAUUUCAGUCAUUAGCCCAUAUCAAUUUCUGUCAGUGGUGUGGUGGCCCAACUAAGCAAGCUAUUCCUGAUGGAGAUGAGAGAAUGAGAGAUGUUUGCCAGCUUUGUGGGAAAGUUGCCUAUCAGAACCCAAAAAUGAUUGUGGGUUGCCUUGUUGAGCAUGACGGCAAAGUCCUACUUUGCAAGCGGAACAUUCCACCAUCUUAUGGUCUUUGGACUCUUCCUGCUGGCUAUAUGGAAAUUGGGGAGUCUGCAGCAGAAGGGGCAAUCAGGGAAACUUCGGAGGAAACAGGCGCAGAUGUGGAACUAGUAUCACCAUUUGCUCAACUGGAUAUCCCUCUUAUUGGCCAAAGUUACAUAAUUUUCAGAGCAAGGAUGAAAAAAGUCCACUUUUCACCAGGCCCUGAGUCUCUGGAUUGCCAGCUUUUUGCACUUGAUGAUAUACCAUUUGAUUCUUUGGCAUUUUCAUCAAUGCUUGUAACAUUGAAUAUGUACAUUGAAGACAUCAAAACUGGAAAACCCAAGUUUCAUUAUGGUAUCAUAAAUAAGAGACCUGGUACUAGGCCAGAUGAUAUUCAUGCCUACACUCUAGAUCAUCAUAUGCAGUCAUGAAAAGUGCCACAAGGGACCACAGUGAGGGGGUACACGAGUCAAGCCAAUAAAUUGGUUCAACCUGGCUUGAAAGGAAGUACUUGAUCCAUUCAUUCAGUUUAAUAUUCAUUGUAUUUUACUAUUUUAUCAUGUUGUAGUUUCUUUUGGUUUUCCUUUCUAGCCUUGGAUUUUAAAUAUGGUUUAGUACCAGUAGAAACCCUGAGGAAAAAUAUACCAAGCAGAUUGAAUUAAUUACUAGUUUUGAAGGAGCAGCAGCAGCUCAUCUAACUGAUUUCAAAGCUUCUUGUACUCUCAAUCAGCUCAUAUGAUACAAUAGAUGUAAGAGAUUUUGGAUAGACAUCAUAGAAGAUGAAACUAAAAGCAAAUGGUUAAGGAAGUUUACCUUAAUUUCUUCUGUCCUUUGUUGAACAAUCAAAUUUCCUAUUUUAUGCCCUUUCUUUGUUCAAUAAUCAAAUGGUCUUAACUAGUGGAUGAAAUACAUAUGGUAAUGCUGUUAAAAUGUAGUGUUCUGCAUAGGGUUAUUUGUC